UGUAAGCCGUUAAUCAUUCGGUAUCUUGUUCUUCCUCCCCUGCGAGGAGGGGCCGAGAGAGACCCCUCUCGUUCAUUUUCCCGGAAAAUCUGCCAAGAAAAUUUCCAUAGGGACCUCACAGAGGAAAAUAUUCGCCCUUCUAGUCCACGUUUUUUUUCUCACCCUCUCUUCUCGAUCUCUCGUCGCUUGUUCGUCCGUUUCUUCCUCUUUCCCCGUAUUCGUUUUUUCCCUUUUCGUCACUACCUCCGCCGUUCGAUUUUUCCGGAUUCCGGUGAUUCUGAUCAGAUCUAAAGUAGGAUAUGUUUGAUUUUCCCCGAGAGAUGCUGAUGGAUCGAGAGAGGCGGUUUUUUGGUCUCAACGGGAUUCACGAUUAUAGCUACGGAAAAUUCCGCGAUGAGAAUGGUUAUGGAAUAGCUGAUCGAUCGGAUGGUUACCGCGAGUGGAGUCCGUCGGGGUCAUCUGCUUCGAAAAUGUCGUGGAUCCUGUCGCCUUCAUCGUCUCCACCACCGUCGACUUCUUCUCCGCCGUUGCCUUCCUCCUCCUCCUCUUCCUCCUCUCCUGGUGCUGGAUAUAUCGAACACCGGGUCUCCAAGUUCGACACCCUCUCCGGCAUUGCCAUAAAGUACGGUGUUGAGGUGGCAGACAUAAAAAAGAUGAAUGGCCUGGUGACUGAUCUUCAGAUGUUUGCUCUCAAGACCCUCCGGAUUCCAUUACCUGGGAGGCAUCCUCCCUCCCCUUGUUUGUCCAAUGGUUCCUCAAAUCCUGGGGAGGGAAGUUAUGAGCAGGCUUCACCAUGCCACGAACAGACAUCAUCACUCUGUGAUAACCAAGGCUUAUUUGAUUCCUUCCAGUCUUUGAGAUUGAAAUCUUCAGACAGGAGGAAGUUUUCCGCAGCAAUGAGUUCAUUGCAGGGAUAUUAUGGGCUGAAACAUGCCGAGGGAACCGUUUCUGAAGGUUUGGAGAUGGCGGCGGUCCACAAGAAAGAAGCUUCCCGUCUCCUGAAAGAUGAUGAUGAUGGGCACCUUAGACCUUCCCCAUCAACCAACCCUCCUCAAAACUACCACAGGAAGUCAAAAAGCUUAGUAAAUGCCCUUCUGGCGGAAAUGGGCGAUGCGGAAACCAAUUCCGAUAAAUGGAACGAGAAGAAGCUAAUGAAAAGACGCCAAAAAUCCGAGGCAGACUUCACUACUUCACAAACACCAGAAACGGUGUUGAAGGAGGACAGCAGCAGCAGCAGCAGCAGUGGUGGGUUCUCGGCUAUAUCCGGGAAAGGGGUAGCCUUGAGAUCCAAAACCUCGAGCAGAAGUAAUCUGUUAACAGAUCAUGAAAAGGGUACUGUAAACUUGAUGGAUGGUGAUGCAGGAGAGAGGUUUUAUGGUGUGAGGAAGUCAACAAGUGCCUUGAGUCUCCGAGAACAGGACAGUAACAACGGUAGCUCGUUGCAGUGGCCAACCGGAAAGUGGGGAAUGAAGACUGAGAUGCUAAGGCCGGCGGCCAUCUUUGAUGGGCUACCAAUGCCCUUAACAGGUCGGAGGAAUAAAGCAGCUGUUGACUAAAAGGUGAGUUUGGGCUCGUUCCAUCACCAUUUUUUUUCUUGAGUGGUGAUUUAUAUACAUUUUGAAAGCAUGAAAUCCAUAGCUUAGCCGAUGGGGAGUAGAUAGAAUGUAAAAGAAAAGAGAAUAGCAGGGAGGGCAAAAGAAUGGAAACCCAAGAGAGGAAUUAGCAAAGAGUAUUUACAAAAUUCAAGAUCUUUUAUUUUUGACGUUUAAUAUCUAACCUCCGUGUUAAAAUAGAAAUAUCCAUUUUGACAAGUACAAAUAUCUCCAUUAUUACACUGCUAUUAAUUAAAAUGACACCAACCAAUACCAAAAGGCUGUUGGAACCUUUUCAGAGAAAAAUCAAAUGUAUAUAUUUUUACAAGUACGCACCCUCAUCACCAUAUAGAACUAUUCAUCAUCACGACUUAAAUUUAAUUCUCCGAAUGAAGAUAUAUAUAUAUAUAUAUAUAUAUCUUCUGUUUUGGACCCUAACCUAUUCGAUCAUUUUACGUUAUAAACAUCUUUUCUAAUGUCUUAAGAAUAUGUACCGAGUGCUCAAGACAACAUAAUAAAAAAAAAAUGCAACAAAACU